AUGUUGUACCUAUACCAAACUUUGCCUAUUCAUUCCAUUCGUACUUUUGAAGUGCCACUUAUUAAUCUGUUGAAAUAAUAUUUCGAGUGUAAUUUAUUUAUCGAUCAAAUAAAUUUGUAUCACAUAAAAAAUUAGAUAAAAGAGAGCGUUCCUCACUGAUGAAAUCUCACAGAUAAGCCAAGAAUAAUAAUAAAACCAAGUCCACAGAUUAGUUUAUAGAAAAUCAAAUUAGCACCAUAUAAAUAUCGAGGUGUACGAGGACGUCAUCCCAUUUUAACCAUUCGCCUUUUUUUUGUAUAUCACUUGAUGUUUAUUGAGGUAGAGACCACUGAGAGUGAAAUUUGAACAUUUUUCUGAUCCAGGAAUGUAAAUAUCGCACUAUUUAAAAUAUACGGGUCAGUGAUCAAUAUACUGUGACAAUAAAAAUCGUUCCGUUCAUUGAAUGACUUUGAAAUACCAUUAGAGCAAUUAUUAAUAAUAUUGUGCUAAAUUAUUUCAAUCCCUUCAAAUAUGACCAAGGAAAAAGAAAUACUGGAACUUGAAUUGAAUGGUAUUAUGAAAGAUGACAGCAUCUCGCCGGUACAGAUUGAGAGACCUGUUUACCAAAUAGAAGAUUUGAACAGAGAUCAUCUUUAUGAAAAACCGUAUUCCACAUUGAAACAAAAACUCAAGAAAACUUGUGGUUCAAUCAAACCAUUCUCGUUUUUGAAACAAACGAUACCUGUUUUAUCAUGGUUACCUGAAUAUAACUGGAAACGGAGCAUUUUUGGCGAUGCGGUUAGCGGGUUCACUGUUGCCAUCAUGCAUAUACCUCAGGGAAUGGCAUAUGGUUUGCUAGGUGGUGUUCCACCAGUAGUUGGAAUCUAUAUGGCAUUCUUUCCCGUUUUAAUUUAUUUCAUUUUUGGUACUUCGAGGCAUGUAUCAAUGGGAACUUUUGCCAUUGUAUGUUUGAUGACGGGGAAAGUAGUGAAUCAAUAUACAACAAUAGAAAUAAUGCAAAAUGGAACUUACCGAUCUCUAUUGUCAGAAGACGAUGCAAAAAAUGAACCAUCUUAUACUAACAUUCAAAUUGCCAUGACAGUUACAUUUACUGUAGCCCUAAUCCAGUUAGCUAUGUAUGUUUUAAGACUUGGCCUGGUCUCGCAACUGUUGUCUGAAACCCUGGUGAACGGUUUCACGUGCGCCUCUGCUUUCCAUGUGGUCGGUUCCCAAAUGAAGGAUCUCCUGGGAUUGGAAAUGAAGAAACGAAGAGGAAACUUCAGUUUUGUGUAUACGAUUUAUGAUUCCAUAAUGGCAAUUCCUAAUGCCAACACUAGAGCCAUAUUAGUAUCCGUUAUAGCCUGCAUUAUUUUGUCAAUAAAUAAUGAAAUAUUGAAGCCUCGCCUGGCCAAAAAAACUUCAAUUCCGUUUCCUAUUGAACUAGUGGCUGUUGUGAUUGGUACAACUGCAAGUUAUUUCAUGGAUUUCACGAAGAAUUAUGGGAUAACUGUUGUAGGACACCUACCAACAGGUUUUCCUGCACCUACUUUACCUGCUUUUGAACUCAUUCCCGACAUCUUCGUGGACGCCUUUAUCAUCACGAUGGUGUCCUACACUAUCACCAUGUCGAUGGCACUGAUUUUCGCUAGGAAGCUCAUGUAUGAAGUCGACUCGAAUCAGGAACUUUUGGCACUGGGCCUGAGUAACACCAUGGGCUCGUUCUUCUCUUGCAUGCCAGUGACAGCUUCUCUCUCGAGAUCGAUGAUCCAGCAGGCCGUGGGUGGCGUUACUCAGCUGGCGUCUGUCAUUUCUUGCAUCAUCCUGUCGGUGGUGCUUUUAUGGAUCGGACCUUUCUUCGAAACAUUACCGAGGUGCAUUUUAGCCAGCAUCAUCGUGGUAGCCCUGAAGGGCAUGCUGCUCCAGUGCACGGCAGUGGUCAGGUACUGGCGCCUUAGCCGAUGGGACGGCAUCACGUGGAUAGUGACAUUCGCCACCACCCUCUUCGUCCAGAUCAGCUACGGGCUGGCGGCGGGGGUGGCCGUUUCUCUGCUUAGCAUAUUCGUGCAGGGGUACAAGCCCUAUACUUGCCUGUUGGGGGCGGUGCCCAAUACGGAUUUGUACUUGGACAUCAAAAGAUACAAGGGGGCAAAAGAAAUUGAUGGAGUGAAAAUCUUCCACUACUCUGGCGGUUUGAGUUUCGCCUCUCGUUCGAGUUUCAAAGAUUUGCUUGUGAGAAAGACCGGUCUAGAUGCCGCCGAAAUUCUCAGGAAGCGAGCCAAAUUGGCCGAAAAGGAAUUCCAAAACGACGAGGAAUUCUUGACCAAGUGCAUCAUGCUGGAUUUUUCUAGUCUGACGUUCGUGGACCCAUCUGGGGUUGACUUUUUGCGAGGGCUUCAAGCAGAUUAUGCCAAAUUGAAUAUUUCAAUGUACAUUACGGGGUGUUCAGGUCCAGUAUAUGAAGUGAUAAAAAAGUGUGAUAAGGUUGAACGUAAGGAUAAUAAAUUUGUUAUUUUUCCUACCGUACAUGAUGCAGUAUUAUUCGCACAGAAUGCAAUACUGGAGAAGAAAGAUAUUUAAGUUUGAUUUGAGGAAGUUUAGUGUGAUUUUUUUCCAUUUCAUUAUGUAGCAAUAUGACAAAAAGAAGUUUAAAUAAUUACGUAUUGAUGUGCCUUUUAGCUUUACACUAAAUGUAGGUAUCUAUCAUUUUUCAUGAAAAAAUUAAGAAUAGUAGCAGAUAUAUUAUACCAGGUGAACAAAAUAAAAUGAGCACAUUUUGUCAAUCAGUAAAAAUGGUGUAGAUUAUUAUACAAAAAAAUCAAAGAAACAUGAUACCCACAAACACAAAACAUACAAAUAUAUUUCCCAGAAUGUUAGCUCAAUAAUAAUGUUGAUUGACCAAAGUAAUUAGGAACGGAUUGUUAAUUUUCGUGUUAAAGAAUGGAAAAUAUAAAUUUGAUGACUAUUUGGGAUUAUUUUGAAAGAAUAGUUCCUGUUAUAUGUAUAAUAUGGAUACUUAAGAUACUUAUAUGUACCUAUAUAUACUUGUUUGUAAUAAUGAUUUAUGUGAUUAUGAAUAUGUGGUUCUACUGUUCUACUUAGAUUUUGAAAUUUGUUAAUGUUUGAUGAGAGGCUCUUCUACUUUUGUUGUACCUAAUAAUUAUAUUUUCGAAAGUU